AUUUAUACUCAUUUAAUGUUUAUUAGUAAUGUGUUGUUGUGGUCAUUGAAGACAAUCUGAUGACCAACUGAUCCAAUCAUGGAUUACAUGGAUUCCGAUAAUCGCCGCGAUUUCCGAACGGUUCCGCCGCCAGAAAACAUCAAUAAAAGACAAUCUUAUAGCAAAUGUACAGACAUUCCGACGGAAUCUAAGACUUUUGGAUUCAAUUAUGUUAACCGAAGACAAAGACACCGAACAGAUGACGACUAUUUCGAAGACGACGAAAACCCAGACGAAAACCCAGACGAACAACAAACACCUUAUCAGCCAAAUCCGGGAAGUCCUUUGUUAAACACCGAUUGCAAUGAUAAUAAUAAUGAUGAAGACGAUGAAGAAGAAGACCCUUUGGAUGCUUUUAUGGCUGGUCUUGAAAAACAAACAAAAGAACCGAACAAACCAUCAAAAUCUAUGCCAAGCAUGUCAUCGAUGGCCAACAAAUUGAAAACCGAUAAAUUAUCUAAAAUGAAAGGUAUAAGAGAUGAUAUAGAAAAAGAAGAUGAAGAAGAAUCGUAUUAUAGAUAUAUGGAAGAGAACCCAAUGGCCGGCGUCGGGACAUUUGUGGCCAACAGUGAUGACGAAGACGCUGAUGAUAUAGAAUACGAUACCGAAGGCAAUCCUAUAGGGAAUUUCAAGUCAAAAAUGAUUGAUCCAUUGCCACCAAUAUAUCACUCGGAAAUCAUUUACUCCUCAUUUGAAAAGAACUUUUAUGUUGAACACGAAGACAUCGCAAAAUUAUCGAUAACUGAAUGCAAUGAUUUAAGACAAAAACUUGGGAUUAAAGUUUCAGGUCUUUUACCUCCUAAACCUGUUGCCAGUUUUGGACACUUCGGUUUUGAUGACCAAUUGUUGAAAACCAUCCGAAAAUUAGAGUACACUCAACCCACACCUAUUCAAGCUCAGGCCGUUCCCGCAGCACUCAAUGGACGAGAUAUUAUCGGUAUUGCAAAAACUGGUUCAGGAAAAACAGCAGCAUUUAUUUGGCCACUUUUGGUGCAUAUCAUGGAUCAGCCCGAUCUGAAACCAGGUGAUGGACCUAUUGGUCUAAUUUUGGCGCCGACUCGUGAAUUAGCUCAACAAAUAUAUACUGAGGCCAAGAGAUUCGGUAAAGUUUAUGGAAUUAAUAUAGUGUGCGCUUAUGGAGGAGGAAAUAAAUACGAACAGUCAAAGGAUUUGGAAAAUGGUGCCGAAAUAAUUGUGGCCACACCUGGCCGAUUAAUAGACUUAAUUAAAUCUAAAUCAACGAACUUAUUGAGAGUAACUUUCCUGGUCUUGGAUGAGGCCGACCGCAUGUUUGACAUGGGAUUUGAACCUCAAGUCAGAUCUAUAAGUAAUCACGUGAGACCUGAUCGACAAACACUUAUGUUUAGUGCGACGUUUAAGAAAAGGGUUGAAAAGUUGGCCAGAGAUAUACUAAUAGAUCCAAUUCGUAUAGUUCAAGGAGAAGUCGGAGAAGCAAAUGAGGACAUCACACAAGUAAUGAUUGUGUUUGAUUCGGGACCAAAAAAGUGGGAGUGGUUAACAUCAAAGAUUGUUGAAUUCACAACACAAGGAAGUGUUUUGAUUUUUGUCACUAAAAAAGCCAAUGCAGAGGAAUUGGCUACAAAUCUUAAGACUCAUGAUAUGGAAGUUGUUUUACUUCACGGAGAUAUGAAUCAAAUUGAAAGAAAUAAAGUUAUUACAGAAUUCAAGCGCAAACAGGUCUCCAUACUUGUAGCCACAGAUGUUGCCGCUCGAGGUCUUGAUAUCACUCACGUUAAAACAGUUGUCAAUUAUGAUAUGGCCAGAGAUAUCGAUACGCAUACACAUAGAAUUGGAAGAACUGGUAGAGCGGGUGAAAAAGGAGUGGCGUAUACUUUAGUUACUGAUAAAGACACUGAGUUUGCGGGACAUUUAGUUCGCAAUCUGGAGGGCGCCAAUCAACUCGUUCCCGACAAACUGUUAGCUUUGGCAAUGCAAAGCCAAUGGUUUAAGAAAUCACGUUUUAGAGGGAAAAAUGCGAAGAAAUUAAAUGUCGGCGGAGUUGGACUUGGAUUUAAAAGCCGUCCACGACUUGGUUUAGGAGCUCAAAGCUCUGCUUUAAAUUAUGAUAAAUGCAAUACAUAUUCUUCAUCUAUAAUAUCAUCAUCGACUCCAACAACGAGUUCAUUGCAAACUAAUUCACAAUCAAAUCGUGUAAAUGUUAUGAAAUCUGCGUUUUCGGCUCAAUAUAAGUCUAAUUUCACGGCCGCUACAGACACACAAUGGAAGUCUAAUAUGAGUUCAGAUGAAAAACCAAAGAAAAAAAGUCGUUGGAAUUGAACUAUACUUUAGUUUGUCGUCAAAUCAUCUAAACAUAAAUUAUUGUAUUAAUUGUUUAAUACAGUAUAACUCUAUAUAUGACCCCAUAUAACCUGUAA